AUGCCGCAGAUCAAGAGCGUAGCCAUCAUCGGGGCCGGCCCAGCUGGCGCCAUUACAGUCGAUGCACUAGCACAAGAGAAAGCAUUCGAUGUCAUCCAUGUAUUCGAGAGACAAGAGAAAGCCGGCGGAUGCUGGGUAUCGAGAGAUGACGAACCGUCACAGCAGUUUGACUUUGACGGUCUAGCUGCGCGAACAGCAGAUGCGCCUCUCAAAAUUCCCGAGCACCUCCCGUGCCGGACGCCUGUAGUUUCCCAGGACCGCUUCACGGACUCCCCCGUCUACCCGACGCUGGAGACUAAUGUUAACGCGGGAGCCAUGUCGUUCUCGCAAGAGGAGAUUCCUACAGUUCGAUCCCAGUGGUCGAUUGAGCGUCAUGGCGCAGACACGCCUUUCCGACACCAUUCGGUUAUCCGGAAGUAUAUUGAGGACUUGUUUAACCGAAAGGGGUACCAGGAUCUUGUUCAGUAUAAUACUACUGUUGAACGCGCCAUCAAAGAUCCCAGCAGCAAGAAAUGGGUGCUUACAUUCCGCAGGACGGAAGUGCUGGACGGUGUCACGUCGGAUUACUGGUGGUCUGAGGAGUAUGAUGCAGUUGUGGUGGCUUCGGGCCAUUACGCAGUGCCGUUUAUCCCUGUGAUUCCUGGGUUGAAGGAGUUUGCUGCGAGGUAUCCUGGCAGUGUUCAACAUACGAAGCAUUAUCGUGGGCCUGAGAAGUAUCGGGGAAAGAAAGUCAUAACCGUCGGAGCGUCUGUUUCUGCUGCUGAUACUGCAGUCAGCCUGAUUGAUAGUGCUCAGACACCAGUCAUUGCUGUGGUUCGUGGUCGUUACAACGCCUAUUUCGGAGAUCUCGCCUUCCAGCACCCGAAAAUUCAGCGUCGCCCGCCUAUCUCACACAUUACGAGUAAUGACCAAGGCGAACGGACCGUGCAUUUCGAAGACGGUACCUUUGAGACUGAUGUCGACUAUUUGAUUUUUGGAACUGGCUUCAGCUGGACUCUGCCUUUCUUGCCUCAGGUUGCCACGCGGAACAAUCGUGUGCCGGAUCUCUACCAACAUGUCUUCUACAGACAUGAUCCAACACUUGUUUUUGUAGGCGCUGUUGGUGCUGGGUUGACCUUCAAAGUCUUCGAAUGGCAGGCUGUUGCUGCCGCACGCUUUUUAGCCGGCAAGAUAACCCUACCCUCGAUCGCCGAGCAAGAAAAAUGGGAAACCGACCGCAUCGCAGAGAAGAGCGAUGGCCCCGCCUUCACAGUCAUCAACCCCGACUUCGAGCCCUACUUCGAGAGCCUCCGCCAUCUAGCCGGGGAACCUCGUGGUGGUGCAGGGCGGCGCCUACCUCCGUUCGAUCAGAAAUGGCUGUCUGAUUUCAACGAAGGACAUGAGCGUAGGAAGAAAAUGUGGAAGCGAGCCAAUGAAACCGCUCGGCUGUAA